UAGUUAUAGACUUCACAAUUCUUAUUCAACAAGUAUUUAAUAUAUCAUCUCAUGAACAGAUUUUUAAAAAAUUUAAAAAAAAUUAAUUGAAGAUUAGUUAUUUAGUUCUACAAAAAUGUCUUUUUUAAAAGUUGAAACAAAUAUUCCUUUAUCUGAAAUCAAUGAUUCAUUUUUUAUAGAAAGUACCGACAUUCUUGCUAAAACUCUAAAUAAAUCACCAUCUGAAAUUUCUGUAUUUGUAAAUGCAGAUCAGCCAAUGAUUUUCGGAGGAUCACAAGAACCAGCAGCUAUUGUGGUACUUCAAAGUGUGGGAGGAAUAAGUCCAAACAAUAACAAAAAUCAUUCAGCUGCACUUUUUCCGUUAAUAAGUAAACAUUUAAAAGUACAAGAAAAUAGAAUCUCCAUCGCGUUCAACGCAGUAGAACCACAUGACGCUGGAGUCAAUGGAAAGACAUUUAUUCAAUGAUUUAAAAAUAAUUCAUAAAAUUUAUUACAGUUUUUAAAGGUAAAUUAAGAACUUAUUCUAAAAAAAAUAAUAUAUUUGUAAAUUUUUUUGAUCAUAUCUGUAAGAGAAAUGAGUAAUCAACACAUGGAAUAAAAAUAUUAUAAUAUCAUCGUUCAUAUAUAAAUAUAUUUAUAAAUAUUUUACAAAAUAUUUUAUUGUAUCACGUUUAUUGUAUUAAAGUUAAUUAAAAAUGUCAUUUGAUCGCUUUUAUACAAAAAUAAAUAAAAAUAAGUAAAUAAAUUAAC